CACCACAUGUCAGUAGGUGGCAGUAUGUAGAAAUAUAGGUUGUAUGCCAGACUGUUUGCGGAAAGGCUGCAUUGUUUCCACGAGACAAGCAGGUCUAGACUGAAAUGUAGCUAAAAGAAAGCAGGAGAAUCUUAUUUGGUAGUGUCUGGUGACCAGUGGUGAGCCUUCAGAAUAGCCAUGAUGUCUUUCAGGAUAGCCUCCAGGCUUGGCAAACUGUCAGUGAUGCCCACAAGGAGCUGUAGUCGACACCUCUGCAGCGAUGCCAGCAAGGCCUGGAUGGAUCAGAGGCAGACACACAGGACCUCGGCCCACAGACACAGAGGGAAGGAGGAGAGAUCUGAAGAUCCAGAUCUGGACGAUGUAGACGACAAGGUCCAGGCUGUGUUCAGUGAAGAGAGGAGGAGACAGAGGACGGUGAAGUACCAUAUAGUUAAGAGACAGCUGACUGAGUCUGGAGCUCCAGAGAGGAUGUUGAGCUGGGACGCCAUGGAACAGAUCAGGUAUCUGAAGCAGGAGCUACCAGAGGAAUGGACCAUUGACCGUCUGGCAGAGGGAUUCUCUGUCCAUCGUGACGUCAUCCUACGAGUCCUGAGGAGCAAGUUCGACCCCACCCCAGAGAGGAAAGCUAAACAGGACACCAGCGUGUGGGCCAGGCUGAGACAGCAGGCCUUACCUGGAGCAGGGGGACAGGAGAGGCAGGUUGCCUUACCUGGGGGUGGAGCAGGGGGACAGGGCAGGCAGGUGGCCCUACCUGGGGGUGGAGCAGGGGGACAGGGCAGGCAGGUGGCCUUACCUGGGGGUGGAGCAGGGGGACAGGGCAGGCAGGUGGCCUUACCUGGGGGUGGAGCAGGGGGACAGGAGAGGCAGGUGGCCCUGCCUGGGGGUGGAGCAGGGGGACAGGACAGGCAGAAAGCCCUACCUGGGGGUGGAGCAGGGGGACAGGGCAGGCAGAAAGCCCUACCUGGGGGUGGAGCAGGGGGACAGGAUAGGCAGGUGGCCCUACCUGGUGGUGGAGAGGCAGGGGGGCCGGGCAGAACACAGCUGUCUGCCUCUGGACAUAGAAGUAGCAAACCAGCCAUGCUGCCCACAGGAAGUGGCACUGGUGCCCUGGUCACCCUGGCUAGCCACAGUAGCCAGAGGCUGAUAGCCAGGGACUUGGAGGAUGACCCUGGCCCAAGAGCCAUGAUGACUACUGCUAAUUAUCCUGCUGCUCCUCUCACCUCACUACCCACCCAGCUCUCAUCCCCACCAACACUGCACAGCAGACACACCUCAGGGCAAGAUAACUCGAGAGAGGAGUGGGAUGAAGAGGAAAAUGUUCCAGAGGACAAUGUGUCGGAGAAGGUUGAGGAGAAAGACGACCAGGAGGAGAGAUGGGAUGGAAGGGUGUUUUCAGAGGAAGAACUGGAGGAACUAAUGCUGUCGUCAAAGCCUUCGCCAGUGGUACCGAAUGGGAGAGAGUUCUUUGACAGUGAAGGGAACUUCCUGUACAGAAUCUGAGAUAGCAAAAUGGCACCCUAUUCCCUACAUAGUGCACUACUUUUGACCAGGGCUAAUGGCACCCUAUUCCCUAUAUUAGUGCACUACUUUAGACCAGGACCCGAUGGGUGCCAUUUUAGAUGUAGCCUGAGAGGUUGUUAAUGUGUUGGUUUCCUAAAUACAGUAAUAAUAAUAAUAAUAAUAAUAAAUGCCAUUUAGCAGACACUUUUAUCCAAAGCGACUUACAGUCAUGUGUGCAUACAUUCUACGUAUGGGUGGUCCCGGGGAUCGAACCCACUACCCUGGUGUUACAAGCGCCAUGCUCUACCAACUGAGCUACAGAAGGACCACAGUCAAAUGCAAUAGACUUCUGUUGGAAGAUGCCGGAGACUCUGAUUAUGCCGCAAACCAAUAAAGCACCAUUUCAAAUGUA